AUGGGGAGCUCCUCGCCCCUCCCGGGGGGAAGCUCUUUCGCCUUUGGAGACAACGGAGACGACGGCAGUCGUGGUGACGGUGACGAAGGAAAAUUCGGAGACGAUGCUCGCGAGAGCGGGGGGUCGUCCGCGACGGGCGUGAGGAGUCGUGCGAGAGUCCUGGCGCAGCAAAGAGAGAUCCAGCAACGAAAGAGGCGUCAGCAAGCGCUCAGCUCCGGCGGGAUUCGAGCCAGCGACGCGGCUUCGCUCAGCAGAGGCCUCGUCUCUGGCGGUGCCGGUUCCCACCGCCGUCCCUCCCUCAACAUCGUUGAUGCGGGGGACGGGGGCGGGCCGGCACACCCCUCCUCCGGGGAUGGCGACCAAGGUCCGGAGGAUAGUCUCCUCGAUGGCAACGAGGAGCCGUACAACUCGUUCAGCCCAUCCGUCAAGCAGUUCUCAGCGCCACGUCAGGUGGAAGGAGACGCCUACACCGCGUUCAACUCCAAUGACCCCAGGCACGCCGCCGCCGGGAGGAUGUCCGGUGGGGGCAUGAGCGAGUUUGAGCAGCGCCGCUCGAUCGGGCAAAUCGGACUCAGCGACUCGGAAGACGAAGAGGACGAUCGGGACGAUGAUGCCGCAUUCGGCAGAGGCCGGCGCCGUCGCAACAAGAAGAAAGCGGCACCUGACAUGGGCCCCAGGGGAACUAAACCAGGCCAUCCCCGAGACGAAGAAAGCCGUCUAAACAAGAGCAAGCCAGGAGAUUGGGACGACCGCAACCGGCCUCCCACCAAAAGCUACAAGUGGGGGGGGCGUGACAGUGGGGAUGAACAGAGCGACGACCAAGACAGGGGCAACGGUACCGGCAGGGCCGCGUGGCGCUCCGUCGGCAGGGAGGAGAACAGCGGUAGGAGCCCUCCCCGCUCCCACAACGCUAGCCGACACAGCGGCAAACACCGCGGCCUCGACGGGGACCGUUCCGGGGACCGUUCCGGGCACCGGGGUCGACGCCACCCGGACAGCGACGGCACCGGUCCGGACGAGGAGGAAGGCUCCGGGGCAAGCUCCGAAUCAUCCCGCUCGUACAUCAGCUCGAGCUCCUCCUCCUCUCGCGACAGCACCGUUAACAACAGGAGGGCGCGGCGCGCCUCCAACAAUGAGUCCCGCCGCCGUCGCCGCCGCCACCGCCGCGGCGGUGGCGGUAGCAGCAGCAGCAGCGGCGGCUCGUUCUCGGCCUCGCGCUCCUCCUCUUCCGUCUCCGACCGGUCUUCCGGUGCAAGCGACGGGGAAGGCGGUGCGGGGAAGAGGCGGGGACGUGGCCGCCGCAGUCCCCCUCGGCGCCGGUACUACAGCGGCGACGAAGAGCGAGGCGGCCGUGAGUCUUCCAGGGGUAAAAGAGGCGGCAGUGGCGACGCCGGCGGUGGUCGGAGACACCCUUCAUCGUCAUCGCGCGCACGCGAUGGCGGCGGCAACGCCAGCAGGGUGGAAGGGCGUCAUCGGGACGCCGCCGGCUCCUCCGUAGAAGGGGGUGGCCGCCACCGGCGCAGCAAUGACAGAGUACAUCACGGCCAACGUUACCUGCCGAUACUGCCCGUCGCCUCCGGACGACCUCAAGGCCGUUUUUAA